UCUUAGGGAACAGCUUCCAGUAAAUAGAUCUGCUGCUCAGACUGGUCUGUCUCACCCCCAGCAGGCAGGGAGGCAGGAUGCAUCCUGGGCUGUGGCUGGUGACCACCACCCUGGCAGCGAUGCUGGGCACAGCUUUGAUGGAGGACGGAGUGUGUCGGGCACCAGACGGCCGGGACGGCUUCCCAGGAGUCCCUGGCCGUGACGGGAGGCCAGGGCAGAAGGGGGACAUGGGAGAGCCGGGGAAGUCGACACAGAGGACGGGCAUCCAGGGCCUCAAAGGGGAUGCGGGAGAGCCAGGGCACCCCGGCGUGCCAGGGAACCAGGGCUACCCCGGCUACCACGGCCCCCCCGGCAUCCCAGGCCCGCCUGGCCCAAAGGGGGAGAAGGGGAAGGCUGGGAACAUCCUGGAGCAGCCACGGCCCGCCUUCUCGGCCUCCCGGAGCUCCUCGGCGCCCCUGGGCAAGACCGUGGUGUUCGACCACGUCAUCACCAACCAGGAGGGCUCCUACAGCCCCCAGAGCGGCCACUUCACCUGCCGCACCCCCGGCCUCUACUACUUCUCCUUCCAGGUGAGCUCCGGGGGGGAUCUGUGCCUCAGCAUCACCAAGAACCUCGAGCCCGUCGUCAGCUUCUGCGACCGCAACGGCCGCCAGGUGCCGCAGGUGAACUCGGGCAGCGCCGUGCUGGGGCUGGCGGCGGGCGACCGCGUGGCCGUGGGCAGCGGCGCCACAGGCCCCGGCGCCAUCCUCAGCGCCCUGGAGGCCGACAGCGUCUUCAGCGGCUUCCUGCUCUUCCCUCACAACGGCUGAUGGCUCCCGGGGCCAGGGGGCGUUCCCUGGGCUGCCCAGGCUGGAUCUGCUCAGCACCACUGUUCCCUGGGCUGCCCAGGCUGGAUCUGCUCAGCACCAGUGUUCCAUGGGCUCUCCAGGCUGGAUCUGCUCAGCACCAGUGUUCUCUGGGCUCACAAGGCCAGACCUGCUCAGCACCACUGUUCCCUGGGCUGCCCAGGCUGGAUCUGCUCAGCACCAGAGUUCCCUGGGCUGCCCAGGCUGGAUCUGCUCAGCACCAGUGUUCCCUGGGCUGCCCAGGCCAGACCUGCUCAGCACCAGUGUUCCAUGGGCUCUCCAGGCUGGAUCUGCUCAGCACCAGUGUUCUCUGGGCUCACAAGGCCAGACCUGCUCAGCACCACUGUUCCCUGGGCUGCCCAGGCUGGAUCUGCUCAGCACCAGAGUUCCCUGGGCUGCCCAGGCUGGAUCUGCUCAGCACCAGUGAUCCCUGGGCUGCCCAGGCUGGAUCUGCUCAGCACCACUGUUCACUGGGCUGCCCAGGCUGGAUCUGCUCAGCACCAGAGUUCACUGGGCUGCCCAGGCUGGAUCUGCUCAGCACCACUGUUCCCUGGGCUCUCCAGGCUGGAUCUGCUCAGCACCACUGUUCCCUGUGCUCACAAGGCCAGACCUGCUCAGCACCAGUGUUCCCUGGGCUGCCCAGGCUGGAUCUGCUCAGCACCAGUGUUCUCUGGGCUGCCCAGGCUGCUCAGCACCAGUGUUCUCUGGUCUGCCCAGGCUAGAUCUGCUCAGCACCACUGUUCCGUGUGCUCACAAGGCCAGACCUGCUCAGCACCAGUGUUCACUGGGCUCACCAGACCAGAUCUGCUCAGCACCACUGUUCCCUGGGCUCAACAGGCCAGACCUGCUCAGCACCAGAGUUCACUGGGCUGCCCAGGCUGGAUCUGCUCAGCACCAGUGUUCUCUGGGCUCACAAGACCAGAUCUGCUCAGCACCAGUGUUCCCUGAGCUCUCCAGACCGGAUCUGCUCAGCACCAGUGUUCCAUGGGCUCUCCAGGCUGGAUCUGCUCAGCACCAGUGUUCCCUGGGCUCAACAGGCCAGACCUGCUCAGCACCAAUGCUCCCUGGGCUCACCAGACCAGAUCUGCUCAGCACCACUGUUCACUGGGCUCACUAGGCUGGAUCUGCUCAGCACCACUGUUCUCUGCAUGGCUUAUUAACUCCUGUGGGUGUGGGGGCUGGUUUAGUACCACAGCACAACAGAGGUGACCCCAAAUUUUGUCACCUGAGCUUCCAGCACUGUCCCAAAGCAGCUGGGCUGGGAGUCACCUCUGCCAGCCUGCCCACGCCAUCCUGCAGGCAGAGCACUCCUGGCUCCAGCAGCCGCUCUGCCCCCAGCCCUUGGGCACUGGGAUCCCUCGGCAGCCGUGGGGCUUUGCUCCUGAGUGGGGAAUCCCUCUGUGCCUCUGCUUCUGCUGCCCUGAGCACUGCAAACACCUUCCAGGCUGCUCACACCCUCACCAGCAGCACCAAUAAACUCAGCUCCCAAAACACA